AUGCGGACGAGAAAGAGACGCGAAGAAAACACUGACAGCCUCUUCAAGAUGAUGAAGUGUGACAAUGAGAACUUGGGUGAGUUUCUUGUGCUUUUUUGUUAACAGAGAAAUGAUAACUUUGAUUUUUGAGAUAAUGCUUAAAUAGUAAAGGGUCUUCGGAAUGAAUUGUCUUGUUUAAUAAUAUAAGGAGCAAAAACUAAUUUGGGAUUUUUAAGACUGAAGUUUUGCAAGAAGUUGCCUUAUUUAUGUAUAUUUAAUGUCAAGACAGAUACAUUUUUCAUUCUAUGUACUUAUGACCUUAAAUUUUGGAAUGAUCUUUUAUGUAUAGUUAACAUCCUGUUACAUUAUCUCACAUGACUCAUCUGACAGAGCUUUGUAUUUACAGUAAUGUAAUAGUGAGCUCUUUGUGUUUAAUUGAUGUCCUCUCAGUGCUGCAACAGCUCUGCAAACAGGAGGUUAUCUUAAAACAAAGAAGAAACAUAGGAUGAACUCAGCACACUGAAUAAUAAAAGAGAUAAGAUGUUUCUAAAAGCUACACACUUCAUGGGAAACACCCAGUCUGUCACUGCUCAGAAGGGUUUAUAGGUUUUACAUACGAGAAGUAUGUGGGUUAAUGGUAUUGCUUCACGUGUGUGAGUAACACCUGUGAGAUAGAUCUUUCAGUGCACAGGAUGAAUGAUGGUUUAUUGAUGUCAGCUUCUCUUCUGUGAAUGAUCAACUUGCUGGAUAGAUAAAGGAGUACUUGUUUGUUUUGGCCAGAAGGAUACGCGAUCAUGUGGACUGCAAAAGCGAAAGCAUUUUCUUCUUUCAUUUUGACUUGUUUACUUGCUUAUCUGCUCCCUGAGACUUGAAAGCCCUCUUUAUGGCUUUACUCAAGUAAAUCUUUAACCUUCAAAUCCGUCUUGAAUAGAGACACCGGCGCUGUAGACAAAACUUGACCUCAAUAGAGUUUCUUGAAACCCUUUUCACAAACUGAUAAGUUGCAAUUUGCAAUAUUAAGAAAUCCAUGCACAGCUACAUUCAUAACUGUGUCAUUGUUUUUUUUUUUGCAGACAUUGUUGAGACGUCACACAGGUGUGGCUACUCCUGCCUUGGUCCCCUGACCUUCCACAGUCAGGCAGUGGGCACCAAGGUCAGCCUCAGCCAUGACCUCCGCCGUGCAACACGGGUCCAAAACACAUUUAAGAACGGUCUGGUGUUCAGCAACCGAGCCAUUAAACCCAUGGAGAAGAUUCAUCUGCGGGUGGAGAAGGACAUGUUAAACUGGCACGGCGCUUUGCGUGUGGGCUUCACCAAUAUCCCACCAUCAUCCAGGUCUCAGCCACUGCCCCCCUUGGCUAUCCCCAACCUCACCAGCACCCCCGGGUACUGGGCCGCUCCUGUGAGUGAGUCUCUCUGCAGCCGGGGUUCAGAGCUGGAGUUCUGGUUUUCCUCUGGAGGCUCCAUCUACGUCUCAGGAUCCAACAACCACAAACACAAACUGACAACAGGAGUGGACCUCAGGCUGCCCCUGUGGGCCGUGAUCGACAUCUAUGGAAACACGUGCUCCAUCUCCCUCCUGGGUGAGUUUACAAACACAGAAUAAGGAUUCUUUGCCUUCUGCGUAUCCAGUUUGUCCUGUAGUUGUGUGGACUGAAAGCUCACAAGUAUUUGAUUGUUGAUUUUCUUUGCUGCAGGCUCAAAGAAAGUGACCUGGGCCAUGACAAAAACCUCCUGUCCUGCACCUGAGUGCCUCAACUCAUCUGACAAGAGCCAAUGUGGAAACAGUGGAGAAACCAUCUCUUUUCUGAAAAUUGGAACACAAAUAGGUGAGAAAAUCAUUCAAGCUAGAUUUACACUGAGAACUUUGCUUUCGCUAAUCAAAAAUGGGGAGGAGAAUAUGAUCAACUAAUAUGAAUCUCCUAUUUAUGAUUUCUCUAUGUUAGGAGAUGAUGACAAUACGAUGGACUGUGUGGUGUGUAUGGGAAAACUCGCCAGAGUAAAUCUGCCUUGUGGCCACCGGUGUCUGUGUGUUUGUUGUGCUGAAAGGGUCUUCGAACAGUUUGGAAAGUGUCCCCUGUGCCGACAUCCAAUUUGAGCUGCGGAGGAGGAAGUCAGAUCUGGACACCUUUCAGGGGAACGGAUUCACCAGAACACAAGCUAUUUUGAGUGACUAUGAGAAGAAAACAGCAUGA